AUGGCUACCACUACGAAUGGCAACUCGCCAUCUCAUACCCUCGCGGCACAUCCCGACAUUGCACCACGCAGGUGGUUUCAGCGAGGGCAUGCCGACCAUGGUUGGCUGAAGACUUUUCACACUUUUAGCUUUGCCAGCUACUAUGACCCCAAGCACAUGGGCUUCUCUGAUCUCCGCGUCAUCAACGAAGACCGUGUUGAAGCAGAAACCGGCUUCCCAACGCACCCGCAUUCGAAUGCCGAGAUUUUUUCGUACAUCGUCAGCGGCGAACUGACGCACAAGGACAGCAUGGGAAACGCCGAGACGCUCAAGCGGGGCGACCUGCAGUUCACCUCUGGCGGCACGGGGAUACGGCACAGCGAGUACAACAACAACCCGUCGAAGGAAGUGCAUUUUGCGCAGAUCUGGUACGUGCCGGACAAGCGCAAUCUGACGCCACAGUACUACACGUCGCAGACGCCGGACGAAAUGAAGCGUGAUGUGCUCAAGACGCUGAUCAAGCCGAUGAAGACAUUCACGCCGGAGGAGCAGGUCGUCAAGGGCGUGCUUCCCUCUGGCCGGCCCAUUCCAGCGAAUAACAGCCUUGUGACACGCGCCAGCAUCCUGACGCCGAGCAAGAGCGUGAUGCACAUCGUCGGCGAGGAUUCGGAUGUCGCAAACGAGACGUCACCACCGUAUGAACGCUGGCUCUACGUCCACCUGCUGCAGACGACCGGAUACAAGGGCCCAGAAAUGAAGGACCACCCGCUGAUGAAUGAGGCAGCGCUUAAAAUGAAGACCGGUGCCGGAGAGCUGCAGCUCAACGAGGGUGAUGGCGUAUACGUUAAGAAGGUUAACGUCGGCGAAGCAGUCGAGUUUGAGAGCACCGGGGGCAAGGAUGCUGAAUUCCUGCUCUUCGACCUUCGAGCACAGUGA